CACUCACCUUCUUCAUCACUCCUCAAAUUAACUCCCUCUUUUCCAACAAAAAAAUGGCCGUAAAUUACACUUUUGCCACUAUCUCUCUCAUCCUCUGUUUCAUUUUCUCCCUAGAACUUUCCUCUGCUGCUCUUGUUCAACAACAACCUCUUGUGCUUAAAUACCACAACGGUCCACUUUUAAAGGGUAGAUUUUCAGUUAAUUUAAUCUGGUAUGGUAAAUUCACACCAACACAACGAUCAAUCAUCGUUGAUUUUAUCCAAUCUUUGACUUCAUCUCGUGCAUCACAGCCGUCGGUUUCAUCAUGGUGGAAAAUUACAGAAGGGUACAAAGGAGGAGCCAGUACUUUACUUGUAGGGAAACAAAUACUUCAUGAAAAUUACCCUUUUGGAAAAAACCUUAAAAAUUCUCAUUUAAUUGGGCUUACUUCAAAGCCCAAUAACGGCCUUAAUUCUAUUGAUAUUAUCCUCACGGCCCAAGAUGUGGCUGUGGAGGGAUUAUGCAUGAGAUGCGGGUCUCAUGGGUCCACGGGUCGGGUCGGGCCCCAAAAGGCCUAUAUUUGGGUUGGUAACGCGGCAACUCAGUGUCCGGGUCAGUGUGCUUGGCCAUUUUAUCAACCCAUGUAUGGCCCACAAACCCCACCUUUAGUGGCCCCUAAUGGAGAUAUUGGUGUUGAUGGUAUGAUUAUUAAUUUGGCUACCUUGUUAGCGGGUACGGUAACAAACCCGUUUUCAAAUGGGUAUUUUCAAGGCUCAUCAACAGCUCCACUUGAGGCAGUAAGUGCUUGUACUGGGAUAUUUGGUACAGGUGCUUAUCCGGGUUACCCCGGAUCCGUUCUCGUGGAUAAGGUUAGUGGAGCAAGUUAUAAUGCUAAUGGGGUGAAUGGGAGGAAGUAUUUGCUUCCUGCGAUGUGGGACCCUAAAAAAUCUGCUUGCGCAACACUUGUUUGAGUGAAAUUGAUGGAUUUAAAGGUAAAAUAAAAAAAAAUGGGUAAAAUAAAUGUAUUGGGUAUGAAAUACUACUGUGAAAAAGGGGUUUGAACGGGGAAAAUAGAAAAAGGAAAAGGAAAUAGUUGGAGAAGCAAAAAAAAUGAAGUGUACCAAAGGAGUACGUACUACUACUUGAAAGUGUAAAGAUGUUGUAGAUAUUUGGGUUUCACGGGUGGGUUUUAUCUUAAAAGUAUCGAGUUUGGUACUUGAGUUAUUUGUCGUUUGUGAUAUAAAAAAAUUGUAUAUUUUGAUUCUAGAUAAAGUUAACAAGUCAAAUGAUGAAUAUUUUAGUAAA